AUGGAGGAGCAAUUUAAUUACUCAAGAGGUGAUACAUCAGUCCCAAUAAGACAAAGAAACUUCCCUGAUGUUUGGCAGAGAUACCACUGGAUCAUUAAUAUGGAUGAAAUUUCUGGGAGUGGUUCUGAAAUGACCAACUUUCCUUCCAAUACUACUACAAUUGCUCUAAAUAUUUCUGAAAUGCCAGAAUUUUUUUCUUCACCUUAUGCUCAGAUGUUCGAUAAUUUAACACGAAAUCUUAUCAGUGGGUUCAUUGCCCUUAUUUGCAUUUUAGGCCUGGUGGGAAAUGGAAAGACCAUUUAUCUCCUGGCCUUUUCCAUUAAGAGAAAUUCUUUCACCACCUACAUCCUGAAUCUCUCCAUCGCUGAUUUUGGGGUCCUCGCAUCCCUCAUCACAGCAGCUACAUUUCUGGCAGUCUUAACUCUGAGUCAAAGAACACACGUUGUUGAUACCAUUUUCUUCCUACUUUUUGAGUUCUUUUUCUUCACCUAUUCUGCUAGCCAGUUUCUGCUGAUGGCCAUCAGCCUGGACAGGUGUGUGGCUGUCCUCUUCCCACUCUGGCAUCGCUGCCAUCGUCCUCCAUAUUUGUCCACUCUGGUUUGUGGCCUCAUCUGGAUCCUCUCCUUCCUGCUCUCUGCUGUGCACUUCAUUCUCCACCAGACCAGAAACAAAAGAAGUUCGCCUUUCCUUUAUCAGCUGAUUGUGAAUGGUUUACUUUGUACGCCUAUCAUGGUUGUGUCCACUGUUACCCUCUGGAUUCACAUGAGAUCUAAAUCACAACGCAAUCAAAGGAAGUUGCUCUCCACCAUCUUGCUGGCUCUCCUCUUCUUCCUUCUCUUUUCUCUCCCAAUGAAUGUCUUUUAUGUCAUUGAAUAUUUUGAUACCUAUAACCUCCUCCUGAUGACCAUUGGGAUAGGAUGUGCCUCUCUCAACAGCAGCAUCAACCCUCUCCUUUAUUUCUUUGUUGGGAGGAAGCAGAGAGGAAAGGACCAGCCCAGAACAUCAUACAAGGUUGCUCUGCAAAGAGUCUUCAAGGAUGAGAAGGGCAGCCCAGAAGAGCAGCAAACCAUGAAGGAAGUCCAGUUGUGA